AUGGUUGGCACAUGGCGGGCCCUUGAGAGAUAUAAAUUGAGUGAAUUUCAGUACUCAGCCCAUAGAUGUAACCUGUGGUUCCUGGUGUCCCUGGAAGUUGUAGCUGUAAGAGAAGUCACCUGUGAUGGUGAUCACUGGGGACCCCACUGCAGCAGCCGAUGCCAGUGCAAAAAUGGGGCUCUGUGCAACCCCAUCACGGGGGCUUGCCACUGCGCCGCAGGCUUCCGGGGCUGGCGUUGCGAGGACCGCUGUGAGCAGGGCACCUACGCUGUGAGGAUCUUUGUCCCCCUGGCAAGCAUGGUCCACAGUGCGAGCAGAGAUGUCCCUGUCAAAAUGGAGGAAUCUGUCAUCACGUCACUGGAGAAUGCUCUUGUCCUGCCGGCUGGCUGUCCUGAAGCAAAGGAGAACUGGAGUCCAUUUCCCAGUGAGAAUCAUGGGAAGAAAGGGAGAACUCAAGAUGUGAAGGCCACAGAGACAAGUAGAAAAGAAAUAUCAGACCCAAGUGGUAGGUGCCAGGACGAGUGCCGUGUUGGCACAUACGGAGUUCGCUGUGCUGAGACCUGCCAGUGUGUCAACGGAGGGAAAUGCUAUCACGUGAGCGGCUCAUGCCUCUGCGAAGCGGGUUUUGCUGGUGAGCACUGUGAGGCACGCCUGUGUCCAGAAGGGCUCUACGGCAUCAGAUGUGACAAGCGGUGUCCCUGCCACCUGGACAACACUCAUAGCUGUCACCCCAUGUCUGGAGAGUGUGCCUGCAAGCCGGGCUGGUCAGGACUCUACUGCAAUGAGACAUGUUCUCCUGGAUUCUUCGGGGAAGCUUGCCAACAGAUCUGCAGCUGCCAAAACGGGGCUGACUGUGACAGUGUGACCGGGGAGUGCACCUGUGCCCCAGGAUUCAAAGGAAUUGACUGCUCUAUCCCGUGCCCGCUGGGAACCUAUGGAAUAAACUGCUCCUCUCUCUGUGGCUGUAAGAACGACGCUGUCUGCUCACCUGUAGAUGGGUCUUGUACUUGCAAGGCAGGCUGGCACGGGGUGGACUGCUCCAUCAGCUGCCCCAGCGGCACUUGGGGCUUUAGCUGUAACCUGACUUGCCAGUGUCUCAACGGGGGAGCCUGCAACACCCAGGACGGGACCUGCACAUGCGCACCCGGGUGGCGCGGGGAGAAGUGUGAGCUCCCCUGCCAGGAUGGCACGUAUGGGCUGAACUGUGCGGAGCGCUGUGACUGUAGCCACGCCGAUGGCUGUCACCCCACGACAGGCCACUGCCGCUGCCUCCCGGGAUGGUCAGGCGUCCACUGUGACAGCGUGUGUGCUGAGGGGCGCUGGGGCCCCAACUGCUCUCUGCCCUGCUACUGUAAAAACGGGGCUUCGUGCUCCCCGGACGACGGCAUCUGUGAGUGUGCGCCAGGGUUCCGAGGCACCACUUGUCAGAGAAUCUGCUCCCCUGGUUUCUAUGGGCAUCGCUGCAGCCAGACGUGCCCACAAUGUGUGCAUAGCAGUGGGCCCUGCCACCACAUCACGGGCCUGUGUGACUGCCUACCUGGCUUCACAGGUGCCCUCUGCAAUGAAGUGUGUCCCAGUGGCAGAUUUGGGAAAAACUGCGCAGGAGUUUGUACCUGUACCAACAAUGGAACCUGUAACCCCAUUGACCGAUCUUGUCAGUGUUACCCAGGUUGGAUCGGCAGUGACUGCUCUCAACCUUGUCCACCUGCGCACUGGGGCCCGAACUGCAUCCACACAUGCAACUGCCACAACGGAGCUUUCUGCAGCGCCUACGACGGGGAAUGUAAAUGCACUCCUGGCUGGACGGGGCUCUACUGCACUCAGAGAUGUCCUCUGGGGUUUUAUGGAAAGGACUGUGCGUUGAUAUGUCAGUGUCAAAAUGGAGCUGACUGUGACCACAUCUCGGGACAGUGCACCUGCCGCACCGGCUUCAUGGGGAAGCACUGCGAGCAGAAGUGCCCUGCAGGAACGUAUGGCUACGGCUGUCGCCAGAUAUGUGACUGUCUGAACAACUCUACCUGUGACCACAUCACCGGCACCUGUUACUGCAGCCCAGGCUGGAAGGGGGCACGAUGCGAUCAAGCCAGUGUCAUCAUAGUUGGAAAUCUGAACAGCUUAAGCAGGACCAGUACGGCUCUCCCGGCUGAUUCCUACCAGAUCGGCGCGAUCGUGGGCAUCAUCAUUCUUGUGCUGGUGGUUCUCUUCCUGCUGGCCUUGUUCAUUAUUUAUAGACAAAAGCAGAAGGGAAAGGAAUCGAGCAUGCCAGCAGUAACCUACACCCCUGCUCUGAGGGUCAUGAAUGCAGACUAUGCCAUUUCAGAAACCCUUCCCCACAGCAACGGGGGAAGUGCGAACAGCCAUUACUUCACCAACCCCAGUUACCACACGCUUACCCAGUGUGCCACAUCCCCUCAUGUCAACAACAGGGACAGGAUGACCAUCGCCAAGUCGAAGAACAAUCAGCUGUUUGUGAAUCUGAAAAAUGUGAAUCCUGGGAAGAGAGGCCCAGUGGCGGACUGCACGGGAACGCUGCCGGCAGACUGGAAACACGGUGGCUACCUCAAUGAGCUUGGAGCUUUUGGACUUGACAGAAGUUAUAUGGGAAAAUCCUUGAAAGAUUUGGGCAAGAAUUCUGAAUAUAAUUCAAGUAACUGCUCCCUAAGCAGUUCUGAAAAUCCAUAUGCCACUAUUAAAGACCCACCUGUACUUAUCCCGAAAAACUCAGAGUGUGGCUAUGUGGAGAUGAAGUCGCCAGCACGGAGAGAUUCCCCCUAUGCAGAGAUCAAUAACUCAACUUCAGCCAACAAGAAUGUCUAUGAAGUUGAACCUACAGUGAGUGUUGUCCAAGGAAUAUUCAGCAAUAAUGGGCAUCUCACCCAGGAUCCAUACGACCUCCCAAAGAACAGUCACAUCCCUUGCCAUUAUGACCUGCUGCCAGUCCGAGACAGUUCCUCCUCCCCCAAGCGAGAGGACAGUGGCAGCAGCAGCAGCAGCAGCAGCGAAUGACACCAAAGGACGGCUCGGUAGCCGCUGGAACAGUUUCCAGAACUGCACUUCGGUUCUUCUCCAUCCUCAAGUUUGCCACCUUAGGUUAAUGUUAAUCUACUUGGUAGGCAACUGUCGGACAUGAACCAGAAAGCUCAAAGCUGAGGCUGACUGACCGUAGGUCCUCCUUAUACAGGUGGCUCAGAAGGAGAUAUCAAUGUGACUUCCUCUUCUUCUUAGUUUUAGAACUGCACUCGUGAAGCGCAAAUUCCUAUAAAAUCUGGGCUAAAAGCAUGAACGUGCGGAGGUCCUUGGGAGGGAGUCAUGGGGUGCGGUGGCCGUUGGCAGUAUGGUUUGAACGAUGACAAUUACAGUAUUUUCUUUCUCAUUUGCAUUGCAGAGCUGUACCGAGGAUUGUGCAGUUUGUCGUAAAAUCUAGUGUGAAUCACUAAGCGUGUAGAAGAGAAGGGGCAUAUUAUCGAGUCCUUAUGUUUAUUUUUUUUCAGCUGGACUCAGAAUUAUAGGGAUAAUAUGAACCCAGGAAGAAAUGUUCUGUCAAGUGGCAUACCUGGAGAGACUUUGAGUAAACUCUAGAAUUGGUUAGCACAUUUAAAUAUGAAAACUUUAGACCUGUUUUAGGAUGAAGAAAUGAAAAAUUAGAAUUAUUUUAGAAAUAGUAUAAUUAUUUCAGGAAUCAGUAUACAGGUGUGGCUGGCAGAGGGUUGUCUUCUUCGACCCUUGGCCCACUUUUGAUCCAUGAGGUCAUUCUGAUCACUGUCCCCAUCGUACAUAUUCACCACUUAAGGUCCAUAACAUAUCAAUAAUUAUUUCAUAAAUAUGGAAAUGAAAUAGUUUUAUUUUUGAGAGACUGGAUUGAACAAGUGUAUAAUGAUUGGAAAAGGUUGUAAAUUUUAAGUGUAAGAAGAUGCUUCGGUUUUGUAAACCAUUAGUAACUCAUACUGUAAUAUAGAAUUAGUAGAAAGCUUUGAUUAAUUUUUCCCUAGAAGUGACCGGAAUAUUUUUGUGCGUAUUUGAGAAAAGGGCACUUUCCUUUUAUUAAUUGUUGAUUUAUGCUUAAGCUGGUCUUUUGCAUUGCUAAUAUGACAUGUACCCCAUUUUUCAUUAAUUUGUAUUUCCAUUUUUAAGUUGUAUAUUCUAUGUUUUGUAGUGCUUGGAUUGUUAAUGAAAAAAAUUAUAUUAUAUGUCCAUUGGUUCUUG